GGCAACCCGUCGAACGUGGUUCGCGGUAGGCCCGCUGAUGUAUGGAGUGAGCACUCUAUGCUUACUUAUUUCUGUAUGUUAUCAGUGACGUUUUUAGAGGACAUUAUACUUGAUCAUACUUACAUAUUAAUUAUAGGGAAGUAAACAAAUUGCCUACAGUAUUCUAUCACCGUCACAGCGUAAACAACUUCGGAUAUAAAUAAUAGUUCAAAUAUUUUAUAAUAAUUGUGGGAUUAUUUAUAUUUGAGAUGUGUAAUCUACCUGUGUUGACUAAAUGUUGUUGUUGUAUACCGUUAAGAAAGGGAUUGAUUGCUUGGGGAUAUUUAAGAAUGAUUCUAACAGCUGCAUAUUUAUUGAUAAUCGUCCAUGAAGUCGGCACACAGUUCAGUGCGAAAGGCCUCGCAAUACUACUCGCCCUGCUCAGCUUCCUCGUGGCCAACAUGGUUUUUACCAUCACAUUCGUUAUUGGACUGCAUAAGAAAAACUACAAAUUGCUGCGGCUGUACUACUCCUUCAGUAUAUUCGCUCUGAUCGUCGUGAUCAUGGGCUACUUUAUAUUCAUUACUCUGCAAGUGGCGCUGACCUUGCAGGACGAAGAGAAAUACAUCCUCGGCUUCCCGUUGAUAGCUGUCAAUAUAUCUACAGUCACCAGCAUAUUUCUCGACCUAUACUUCCUCAUACUCAUCAAAAUUGAGAUUCUAAAGCAAAGAAACGAAACUGCCUAUUACGUGAACGGUGCACGUAGAGAAACUAGCUUCGUCCUUGACGUUUCUAUGGCAAAAGAACAGGACAGAAGAUAUACCAGUUACUCUGACUCAGAUUCUGAAGAAGAUGCGAUGGAGAAGAAACGAAUGUUUCCCGUUCAUGAAUUGGAGAUAUUGAAGAAGGAUUUAGAAAAUAAAAGAAUAUAACCGUCCAUUUUUUUGUUACCAUGAGAAGUGUUGAAAAUAAAAAGGGUUAAUACGUUAAA